AUGAGAAGCAUGAAAGGAGAAGUGGAGCUCAACAUUCCUGCACAGAAAGCUUGGGAGAUGUACAGAGACAAUCAAAUCAUUAGCAAAAUCAAUCCUGAAAUGCUUGCCCUUGCCGAGUACAUAGAAGGAGACGGCAGCCCUGGAAGUCUCAGGCUCUUCAGGCUAGGACCCGAGGUAAGCAGCUACGUGAAGGAAUCCAUGCAGAAGAUAGAGAAGGUAGAGAUUGGAAGAUCAGUCACAUAUCGUGUUGUGGGGGGUGACCUUAGGGACAUGUAUGAUCCAUAUAGGGUCACAUUUUCAUUUGUUCCAGUUCAAGGAAAAGAGGAGGAGAAAUGUAUUGCUGAAUGGAAUGCUGACUAUGAGCCACUGACUUCAUCAAUGCCUCCACCAGACAAAGCAAGGGAUGCUGCCCUAGGUUUCCUCAAGUCGUUUGACAAGUUUGAGCUAAGCCAUUAA